CUUAAUUCUCAAGUGUAAAUAUUUAUUGUAUAGAAAGAUCAAAAUUAUAGAUAAAUGCCAUCAUUUACAGCAUUUCCAAGAAGUCAAACAAGAUGGGGACACUCCACUUGGACAAACAAUAACACUCAUCAUCAAAAAGACAAUAAUGACAAGCAUAAACCAACAGCAACAACGACGACAACAGCAGCGAUAGCAGUGAAAGAAAAGAAAAAACCUGAAGUUCAGCCAAGAUUUAGUGUAUUCGGGAAUAACAAAAGAACGAUCAUUCAGGACAUGAAUAAGAAAGAACAAGAAGAAAAAGACUUGAUCAAGGAGAUACCGACGAUAACGACCGCAACAAGAAAGAAAAAAAAGGUUAAAUUUGAUUCGAUUUUCCUUGAGAGAGUCUGUUUGUUUAGCGAAACUCAAUCACCACAAGAACUACAUAGAGUUCAAGACAAACAACCCAAGUUGAGAAUCAUCUGUCCCAACUGGAGAAGAACAAAUUCACACAUCUUAGUCGACAAGGCUAGCUUUUCCGUGAGUCAAGAUAAUCUUUACGUUAAAGGAAAGUUGAUGGUGCGUAAUUUGGCUUUGGAUAAAUUUGUAUCUAUCAGGUACACAUUUGAUCAUUGGUCAUCUACAAAUGAGGUCGACGCUACCUUCUUUGGUCCAAACCCGAAGAAUGUAACCUUUGAUAUUUAUGAUUUUUUAAUUUAUAUUGGAAAUGGUCAGCUGGCUGAUCGCGGUGAAAUACGUGGAAAAAUACAAUUUGGUAUCAGAGUCACUGCUGGCACAAGAGAUUACUAUGAUGACAAUCAAGGUCAUUACUAUAAGAUUAAGAUCAUUGCUGACCCGCUCAAUAAAGAGCAAUACAACAUUGAUGAAUAUGAACAAGAGGACGAUUACCCAACAGAGGAAGAAGAGCAAGAGGAAAUGGAAAGACACAAUCAGUUCACAAAUGCUCUCAAGGGUUAUCAACACGCAAAACCAUUAUAUCUAAAGAAGAAUCAACAGCUAUUCCUUGCUACAAGAUACAAUUUCAAUCAGUCUUUGUCUGAAGCUAAGAAAUCAUCUACCUCAAAUCACAAUGACGAACUAUUUCCAAAACCAUUCAUCAAACCCUCUUCUCCUCCUCCAGAUCAUAUUCAUAUCUUGGAUAACAUGUAUAUUCCUACUACAACAACAGAAACUAUUACUACUACAACUAUUACUACUACUACUACUACUACUACUACGGAUCAUCAUGACGACGAUAAUAAUAAUACUGCAAUCGAUACCAACAUUCAUGCUGACCAUAAUGACAAUCAUGAUGCCGUCGCUGCUGCCACUCCUCCUGCAAGUCCUACACUACCAUCUUCCAUAUUCUUGUUAUCGCCUGCUUCAAUGGAUAUCAAUUCAUCAGAUUAUUUAGAUCUUCUAAAAAAGUACUGUUUUUACAACAGUGAUCAAAACGAAUAAUAAAUAUAUCUUUAAAAUUGUAUAUAUUUAAUAAACUUUGCAUUCAAUCAUCUUCCUUUGGCCCUCCCCCUGCAGCUAAAAAUACCCUUCCUUCUACCUGAUUCGGGAAAAGAAGGGAAUAUAAGCCAUCGCUUUUUUGUUGUUUUACAUCACUCAAAAACAUUGUGUUUAUGAUAAAGUUACCAAGGUUACCUUAAAUAUUCAAAACAAAAUGCAUGUAAUCUGCAAUCAAUUUUUACGUUGUGACCUUUCACAAAAAUAGUUCUCUAUCAUACACACACAUCUUUGGUCAGAUGCGCGUUGUAUU